GAGCAAAGCACUAUGACCUUGUGUCAAAAACGUGCUCGUAUAUAUUUAAAAAAGAUGCUAAUAAAAAGCACCAGCAACAUCGCAGCUUAAAACAAAUAUUUCUUACAUAUUCAAGAACUGCAAGGUGCGUUCCUCAAAUCAAAUAAUUAUUUUAAAUGAAUAAUGAAGUGUCGUUAUUUAUGAUAAAAAACUUUGAAGCGCAGUCACCUUUGACCUUUGACCUACAAAAAGGAGGAAGAAGUUAGCAACGAACGUAACGUCAUUUGAUAAUUUUGGAACUAGCAGUCUACUUUGUGCAUAGACACUUACUACACGUGUAAUAGGGAUAUAAAAUAUUUCUUAAAUAGUAUUAAAAAUUAAUCCACCUAGUAUACAUUUGUGGCAUUGUUUGUGUUGCCUGCCUUUUGUUUUCUUUUCAUUUUCGUUGUUAGCAAGCUAGCUAGCGAGCUUGCUAUCUUUAAUUAGCACGAAGUUACAGAGGUUUAAUUUUCGACAGAGGUUUUUGCCAACACCCGACAGACAAUAUGAUCGAUAGCGAAGACGAGCUGGUGGUUCUGACGGACAUCUCGUCUCCGUCCCUGGAUGCGUUUAAAGACCUGCUACGAGAAGAAGGGGUCGGAGAAGCGCCGGAGUUCACGGAGGGACCUCAAAACCCUGAGCUCCGAGAGGACGAGCCGUUGGCGCUGUUGGCUGACGUUGCUCUGGCGCCAUCGUGCGGCAGGUCUGUGUCCUGCAGCUGCCCAGAGGUCAGUGGGGUGACGGGGAACUUGCAUUCAACCCAGCUGCAGCUCCAGUUCUUUUUAAGCAGAGUGGACGACUUGCAGGAUAGCCUCGUUAGUGGGAAUAGCCAUCUAGACAGAGAGGCUCUUGCUGCUGCAGUUUCCAGCCUGCUGUACACCUGUCAGCCUUAUUUUAACCACCUGGAGUCCACAAGUCGGAGUGCAGUGUCACUGUGCGCCCAUAAGCCAGCUGAAUUUUGUUCAAAGCUGUUGAGCUUCUCUCAGCAGCUGUGUGACAGGCUGGAGCAGCUGCUGCUGACCUACGCCAGCUACGAUCUCAUCAGUUUGGAUGAGACCGAACCCAACAGCAUAUCUCACUUCUGCGUUGGCCAGGUCCAGCUGGGCCAGAUGAAGGUGACCGCCUUCCGUUACUGCAAGCCGACGCCGUAUCUGUCCCGCGUCGACACCGGGGUUUACAAACGCAUGCGCUGGAAUGUGGAGAGACUCCAAGAGGAUCAUCGGCGAGGAGAGGACAGCGAGGAAGAAGAAGAGAUCCAGACUGAUUACUACUUCCUGUGUUAUGAGGACAUCCAUAACACACACGCUGACCCAGACUCAGAGAGCGAAGACGCCUCUAACGAUAACGUGGUGAGGAUGUGGUCCAUCGGUCAGUGGGUGCAGGUGAAGCCAGAACGGACUACAAACAAUAUAUACGACUGGAUCUUGUGCGAAGUCCCCGAGGCCAGCUACCGCAGGCUGCUGUUCCUGGGCCGCAACGAGCCGUCCAGCUGCACGGCGACGGACUACCUGCAGCAGCUGCUGCUGACGACGUGCCACGCUGACUGAGCUCAGGCCUGCAGGAGGAGCACACACACACGCACACACACACACACACAUCAGUUAAUGCACGGUAGCGGCUGUUGCUUGGAUAAAACCUGGAGUGUCAGGAUGUAGCUUUGAAGCUAUCAGGCUAAACCGAUGCACACGGUGCCCAUCAGAAGUUUCAUCUGAAUGGUACGAUAAUUUUGGGCUUGGAAAUAAAGAUUUGAAAGGAUUUUCCUUUCCCUGGAUUGAAGAUACAACUUAAAGGAUUUUUAAAAACUAACUUUUAACAUUGUGCGGAAAUAUUAUAUCGAUAUGUGAAUUAUAGAUUUACAUUGUUUUUGUAGCCAUUAAAAUUGGCCCUGGCUUCAUUUUUGACCUGUUCUCAUCAUUAGAAAUGAGAUUAUUCAUUUGGUUUCCUGGAAAGGACUCAAGUUUUAACCACCUCACUGCAAAAACACAAAUUCAAAGUAUUUCUAGUGAAAAUGUCUCAGUACCCUUGAAAUAAGGCAAAACUAACUUACAAGAAACUUAAGCAGGCAAUAGGAGCUUGUUUAAGUCAAUAAUUCCUUAAUAUUGAUGAAGAAGUUCCAGAUUAUUUCACUUAUAACAUUUAAAAUAACCUGCUAGUGGAACUAGUACUUUCUUACAUUCAAUAUUAAUGAAUUAUUGACUUAAAGAAAGCCAAUAUCUUGCCGAAACGUUACUUUUGAGUUAGUUUUCUUUUAUUUCAAGGGUACUGAGGUAUUUGCACUAGAGACUAGACGGAACAAAUACUUGGUAAGAUUUUGUGUUUUUGUGGUGUGUUUCAGAAAUGUUUUACGAUGUUGAGGCCUGGAGCGUUUAUGAAGCUUAAUGUUAGUCGGAUAAAAUCCUUACCAAACCAUUUCUAAUGUUUUGGGGAUAUUUGUUCUGCCGAAACACUCGGUGUCAAUCGUAGGUUGAAGAGUUUCUAAGUUGUCCUCUUCAUUUCUUCCUCCAUGUUGUGCCAUCAGUGCCCUCAGCAUGAUGCUGACAUUCAUUUAGGUCGUUUUCUAAUUUUUCUGACCUAAAGUUAAAAAGCAGCACCAACGUUGAGUGAAAGUAAAUUUCUUUUUACAAAUGUUUUUUUUUACUGAUUUUACCGUCACGUUUGCUGCUAAACCUGUUCUUUACCAAUUUGUAAAAAUAGAACUGUUCUCUGUUUGCAGAUCGUUUACAGCUGUUUUUUAAAAGUUGCUGUUUGGUGCAAAUAAAUCCAGACAUGUUAUUAAAAAAAAACCCAAAAAACAGUAUUUUAUUUACAUGAAACAUUGCAUUGAAAGGAUUACAGUCACACAUUUCUCAAAAAAACCAAAUAGAAAAUAUCACCAUUUAAACGAGCUGCCAUCAUUUGGGCCCUGGAGGAAAUUGUCCCGUUUACUUCCCUUCAACAGGUUGGUUUUAGUAAACAGGCCAAAUUUGAUGUUUUAAUAAAUUAACAUCUGAGUGAAGAAAAUAACUGAUCCUGAGAAACAACUGCAGUCCUUUUCGGGCCACUUCUAUUUUCCUUAAACUAUUAAAAACUCACCGCUUCUACAUGGACAAGGGAAGGCAAUAUAAGUAUAAAGAAUAACACCUAUAAAUCAUUUAGUAGCUACUCAAUAAAAUCUAUAUAGAACUCUGCUGCUAUACUUCUAAAACUCUUGACAUAGAAAAGUAAUAUAGACUCUGCUCAAUACAGUGAUCAGUCUUUAAACGGCACAACUACAGUUACAGAAAACGCUACAUGAACCUGGUGGAGCGUCUUGGAUCAGGAGUCUGCAAACUUUACUGAAUCAAAUGUAACAAAACCUUCAAAAAUAAAAAUAAAAUAAAAAUCAAAGGUUUUCACGUAUGAAAAUUUAUCGGCAUUUUUAAACGUCCCCGUUUUAUUUUUCUGUUUAGAUUGUAAGAUAAAACAUUCGCCUAAAAAUUAAGGUGGAUACAUUUCCUUAUGUAAGAUGCUGAAGUUUUAAUAAGUGAAAUAAUCUUUUAGUGGAACUGAUACUUUUUAAUCAAUCUAAAGACAACGUAAAACUUUUGGUAAGCGUCUACUUCAGGAAAAUUGUUGCCAUUUUUAAAAAUCCUGAUUUUAUUUCGGUUUUUAGAGCUUAAAAUAAACAAAAGCAAAACAUUUGCAGAAAAGAAACUUAUGGACACUGAACAAAACAUGAUUUCCAACUUAUUGACAGAAAUAAUAGACCUAAAACAAUAUCCCAAUAAUUCAGUGUCAUUGUGUUGUGGAAAGAAAAAAAAACAAAAAACGGUUUAAUCAUAAUUUAUUAUUAAAUGUAUUUUUAAAAUUGAUUUUUAUAAAAUCAACGUAAGCCCGAUUUUUGAAGAGCCAUUGAAGGUCUAAAAGCGCUGCAGGUUGCAGACAUUAGUGACAUUAUCCCCAGAGGGGAAAAAGAAAGAAAGCUGGAAAUAGUUUUUGUCUAGUUAAAGUCAAAUCAGUGCAUUUCUAGACUGACGGACCAAUUAAAAAGUUCCAGGUUUAACAUGAGCACAGACUGACAGAUGCGCAACAGGACAGUCCAACAUGAAGAGAUAAACAGCUGCACAGGCCAAGCACUCUGCAGCUUUUCACAGUUUUAACAACAAUCAGAAGACUUGGAAAGUUUCGGCUCACCUUCAAAGCAAAAGCCGUAGAAAAGGAAAACAAAACAAAAAAAGAAAUCUGGAAAACUCUUUCCUGAAACUCUUUCCUGCAUCAUCGACGAUGAUGAACUGUUUGUUUGUGCUUCGUUUCUUGAAGAGAUCCAAUCACUGCAAAAACACAAACAUUCUGACACUACAAAGUAUUUUUGUCUGCUUUCUUGUGCACAUAUCUUAGUGUACUUUCAAUAUAAAACUAAACUGACUUACAAGUUAACAAGUAACAUUUAAGCAAGAUGCAGGUUGUUGCAAGGCAGUAAUUCCAUAAUGUUGAUGAAAAAGUACCAGCUCCACUGUUAUGGUUAUUUCACUUAUAACACAGAAACAAUAUCGUAUUAUAAGUCAAGUAAUCUGCCAGUGGAAUUAGUUCUUUCUUAAAAUUAAUAUUAAGGAAUUAUUUACUUAAAACAAACUUCUAUAUCUUGCUGAAAAGUUACUUGUAUGUUAAUUUGCACCGUGUGCUAAAAAUCGCCAAGUUGAAAAUACUUGGGAGCCACAAUUUGUAUGUUUUUCAGUUAAAAACAGGAAAAUAAUUCUAUUGUGAAGUUUUUGCUUUUUAGCUGCUCUGAAAGAUUAACAUGUAAUAUUUUAUAUAUAAAAAGUCAUUAAUAGGGUCUCAAACUUGGACGGUUUCCUAAAUUGUUGGUUAAGACGUCAUGUUUUAGUUUAUUCCCAGCAACAAAAAUGAGAACAGCCUUUGACAAUACUUAACCGGAUUUAGUUUAUUUUAAUUAUUUGAUUAAACUAAAUUUGUUUUGGAGUAAGAAGUCAUUGGGAGAUUUGUGACCCUACUUACUACGAACAUUAAAAUAAAAGCAACAAAAAACAACAUGGCUAAUAAAAGACCAGGACCACUCCUUACUACUCAAAGGGGCGCAAACGGCCCCUGGACCACACUUUUGACACCCCUUCACAAGAAACUAGACAAAAACACUUUGGUAAGUUUUUGUGUUUUUGCAGUGCACAGACUUUCAAGCUAAGGACGUCUGAUCCACCAGAGGUUUCCUUUUCAAACCAGAGCAGCACAAUGAAAAAUAAAAACUUUCCAAAAUUAACUUUAAAUUGCAUUUAAGCAGUAAUAUAUCUGAAAACAGAAGAAUUAAGGCCUUAUCAGAGCCGCGCUCCAGUGUUUCACCAAAAAGCUAAUAUGCAGAUUGAGAUCAAACAUUACGUUUGUUUUCUUUAAUCUAAGAAAUAAUCUACACCAGUGGAUUGUGAUCAACAGGAAGUCCCUCAUACCCACCUGAUUUGGUCUGAUACUUUUAGAUAUAUUUAUAUAACUUCAAGAGUUUAAGUGCAAUCUGCUAGAAGAACAGUAAACUAAGGAUUCAAACAGUCUCGCCUUUCAUUGGAUGAGGAACCGAACCGGUGAGCUCGGUUCGGUCGUAUCCAGUGUCCAGUGUUGAUGAGCAACACCUUCCUGUUGUGACCUCACGACUCGACGCGUGUGAAGACGAGCGAGUGGCGCCAUGAUGCGUUCGUGUGCGCUCAAGUUUCUGUGGGAAACAUGAAGCCCGACGAGUCAGACACUAUAAGCAGAGGCAGUUUGUGGAGCUGAAGAAAUCACUUUUAGAGCCGAGUUUCAGUCUGUUCACAUCAAAUAUGAAGCUUUCAAUAAAAAUAAAAAAAAAUGAACCCGAACUUAUUAGAUUUUUAUAUCCUGAAAUCUGCCAACAAUUAUGCCUCUUUUUCCAGAGCUGAAUCACCACCUACACUGCAAAAACACAAAGUCUCACCAAAUGUUUAGUUUCUAAUGCAAAUAUCUCAGCUCACGUGAACCAAGACAAAACUAUCAAGUAACUUUUCAGCAAGAUAUAAGAGCUUGUUUUAAAUAAUUAAUUCCUUUAAUAUUGAUGGAAAAAGCUCUAGUUCCACUUAUAACUAGGGAAAAUGUCUCGGUAUAAGUGAAAUAAUCUGCCAAUGGGACCAAUACAUUUUCAUCUAUAUUAAGGAAUUAUUGACUUAAAACAAACGCCCGUAUUUUUGCCGAUAAGUUACUUGCGAGUUAGUUUUGUCUUCUUCCAAGUUUACUAAGAAAUUUGCACUAAAAACCAGACCAGAGUACUUGGUAAUUUUUUUUCGUUUUUGCAGUUUAAGAGCCUUUAUUGGGUGUAAGAAAACCCCAAUCUCAUCCACAGUGGGCCUAAUCCAGGAUUAGCUGACAGCAGCUGAACGCGCCGCUGCUGUUUGACAGGUGUUGUUGUGGUGUUUACGAUGCCUUUAAGUGCCUUUAUAAAUAUACGGUACACAAAUGUUUGGAUUGGAAGCUCUCAACAGGCAGAAGGUGGUAAAAAAAAAAAAAAAAAAGGGACAGAUUUUAUUUUUUUGUGUCACCGUAA